AUUUCAUUUUUGAGUGCACUGGUGAACUGGGCAGUUUUGUAUGCCAUUUUGAAAUUGAAAUCUUUCAAUCACUCAUUUGGUUUUCUCUCGGCAAAUCAAGCAAUCGUAGAUGCUCUUCAUGGGUCUAUGUUUCUUUUUUAUUUUUGUCCAAUGGUCAUACUGGACAUCCAAUCAUUCAAAACCAAUUCCCACCAUGGUGGCUUUUUGAUUCUUUUAAGCUACGAAGUUUCGGUGAUGACCCAUCUAGCAAUUUCCAUGAACCGACUGUGUGCUGUUUGGGCUCCUCAUCGCUAUCCGAAUAUUUUCAGCGAGAGGAAUACAAAAAUCAUUAUUGUCUUCAUUUGGUUUUAUACCUCAACAGUCGCGGUUUUGUUUUAUGAAGGCAUGAAUUUCUCGUGCACGUUUUACUUUGACGAGAAAAUUCAAUUUUUGUUAUUUUCAAAUUCAAAACUUUGCGGAUUCAUUGGCUGGUAUGGGGAUCUUUUGAAAAAUUCAACCAUUGUGGCGAUUGUUAUGGUACUCGACAUGCUGACAGUGGUUAAGGUUCGGAAGAUGUCUAGGAAGAUCAGCGCAAAUAUCAGUGACCAAGCCCAAAGUCGUCUGUCCCAACGAGAAAUGCGUUUUCUAAAACAGACCGUAACCCAAGGCACCGUUUUCAUGCUCGAACUUCUCUCCUACUUUUUUAUCCCCCGAUACUUUGCGAACAAAUGGAUCUUGUUUUUCGCCACGUCAUUUGCCUGGGUAGCGGUUCAUGCACUUGAUGGAUUAGUGGUACUUUUGUUCAAUCCGGAAAUCCAACGAUUUUACCAAUGCAAACCAAUGAAACACACAACUUCUUCGACGAGUCAAACUUAA